UUCAUUUUCACUUAAGACUAAAGGCGAGCUACACAGAAGAAGCACCAGGAGCACUCUCUCUCAUCAACAUUAUAAGUUUGUAAUACCUGGACAACAAGGAGAUGAUGACCAAGAGCUGGGUGCUGGCCAUUCUGACUAUUCUGGUUACCCUCAUCUCAUGGCCCAUGGAGUCAGAUUGUAAAGAAGACUCCUACAACUCAAUACGGCAGGACAGACCAGACUACCUCAGCAGUGAUUUAAGUCGUUCUACAAGAUACAGUGACAUUGACUAUGACACCUUUGUGGGUCUGAUGGGCAGGAGGAGUGCAGGUGUCAGUGUUCAACCGUCACAAAAAAGAGACAUGGAUGAUGUCUUUGUGGGCCUCCUGGGUCGAAGGAGCUCUGGAUCAGCCUUCCCAUCAUCCUGGAGGGAGGAACAAUACCCACAGCUAAGAGGCAUUCUCAUCAAGAAUGGAAGACUGAGAUUUGUACCUGGUGUGUAGGGUCCAGUCUCGCUCCUUUCAACAUCCCUGACCAGCAGCCUGGGCCACGCUGGACUCAUCCUUCAUGCCGUUAUUCCCCUGCACUUGCCUCUCACAACCACAAGAUCAGAAAUAAUGGAUAUUUGUAACAUAAAGAAAAUAUAGUGUUGUUGUGGUCCAACAUGGUACUUUUAUAGUAUGUUCUUAAAUGUUGCACAAACAUGUCUACAUUACACCAAAUUAAGGGAUGUGUGAUCAGGAUAACUAACCUCUGUUGGUUGGGAAGAGAUGAGAAAAUAACAUUUGGGUAAUGUAGCCA